UGGGGCACUGGCCCGGACCCCUUGCCUCCACAUUUCGUGUAUAUAAUGAGGGAGAGGUAGAAAAGGAGAGCUAGACGUUAAGUAACCACCAGUAACCAAUGGCUGUAGCUCCUUUCUUGUGACCGCGCCUGCGCGUCAGACCUCCACACGCUGCGUUCGAGGGGACUGAUGGCAGAGCGCUUCAGGCAACGCCACAAACCUGCUUCCACUGUACAGUCCAUGUAACACAGGGAUCAUUCUCUCUAACUCAGUGUCUGUUAUUUAGAGAUGAUAUCAAAUUGACGCCAAUCAUCAUCCCUGGAUUUCCCUGGCCUUAUGUUGAAAUGGCAACAGGACGGAAAAGCUCCACUUCAAAAGGUGGAGUACAUUUCCCUGAUGAUGAUGAAGACGUUUCCAUUAACAAAAGCUGUGAUGAAAAGCUUCAGGAUAAAGUAAUCACAGCUCUACCAGAACCUAAUGGUGCAUAUCUUGUUAAGGUGGGAUUUUUAAGGAGCCAUCACAAAUAUGAAAUCAUCUUUUCUUUGCCGCAAGUCCCAACACUAGGCAAAGAUGUCUCCCUUUCUCCCGCACUACGCAGUUCUGCAAAACCACGACUACGUGCAACACGCAUUACACCACGCCCUGAGGGGGGAGUGAGGUUGGUGUGUGAGUACAGCGCUCAGCAGGAGGGAGUGGUGCAAGAGGAACUCACCCUGGUCAACAGGAGCAGAAGGGACAGCAGCGUCCGAGUUCGAUUACAGGCCAGAGUCAUGGAUCGCCACCACGGGACACCAAUGUUACUCGAUGGAGUGCGUUGUGUUGGUGAAGAAAAACACACAAAAUAAUGACACAGAGAAGAUGUGGUUCAAUCGGUUUGCUUGUGUAAAUGAUGAAAAUAAACCAAAAUGAAUGAAUGCACAUGUGAAUGUGCCUCAGAAUGUGAACAACCCAUCUCACAACCAUCCAUGGAGGAUCACAACUGAAUUGUUCCCGCACUAAAAUUAAAAUAGAGCCACUAUUCUAGAGUCUACGUAUCACAGGUCUGCUAAUCAAAUCACAAAUUCAACUUUAGUUUUUAACAGAAUUUUAAAGGUUAUGUGUUUUAUUACAGUAGAAUUCAAUCAAAAAGCGUUUUUUUUUAAGAAAAGCAAUACCAAUGCAUUUGGCCAAGGACAACAGAUAUGUCACAAGGAAAUAUUCAUUAAUUCACUAAUGUUCACUACUACAUAUUGAGCUUCUCAGAUGCCACAAACUAAACAAAAAUUGUUUGGCUCAGCUAGUCGCCAUUAAAU